UGUGACAGCAUGACGAGGAGAAUAGUAGCCAAAUAGCUUUCUAUCAUCUCUACAUGGGCUGUGUAACAUUACAUGCGCUGCAUGUCGAUAGCUGCUUGGCAGUAACAAAGCAUUGGCUCGGCUUAUGACACGGUAGCCAGCAUUAGAACAUCCUGCCAUUUGUACAAAUAUUAGCUUUUUUAAAAUGUUUAAAAUUUUUGUUUAGUUCAGGUGAAUUAGACAGGUCAGUGGUCGUUUCCCAAUCGUGCAACCGAUCAUGUUCCGAUUUUUACAAGUGUCUGUGACGUCACUGAGCACAAAAACAUUUGUUGAUCGUCAUGGAACAAUUUUAAUAUUGGGUAAAGAUGUAAUCUUUCUUCCUCAAAAACAAAGGAAAAUACUUGUAAAGUGAGUACAGUCUGUGUGUAAUAUUCUAUUUUAUACCUUCUUGUAGUAAUCGGGAAUACAAUUUUCUCAAUUCUGCAUGGGUUUGGGUCGAAAGUAUUUGUAUAUGUUUCGUGUGUUGAAACGCGAGACUGAUGCCUGUCUUUUCCUGAUGGCGUUGGGUAUUUUUGAGCUAAAAUUUCAGCAAAUAUAUUAAACUGCUGUUGGUGGUUAGAUGCUGUUUUGCCGUAUUUAAUAAGAAACCUUAAAUCUUUACGUAAAUUUAAGCUAUAUAAAUCGCGAAAUAUCGUUAUUUGCUGCUGUGUAGCAGCUGUUUCUGGGUAUUGAUUUCGAAAGUUCCUAUUUAUUGGCGCUCUGUAUUUCAGUAUUUGUUGUGAGAUAUUUGCGCCGUAUGCGAUUAUGUGUAUUUCAUACUUUAAUCCCUGUAGCAUACUGCUUUGUUAAUAAAAAUGUGUUGCAGCAUAUUUUAAUACAUUGUUACAGAUUUUCCAGGGCGGCAGGUUGAAUAUCUCGAUUUAUUGUAUAAAUACGUUCGAAAAUUCCAUUUUUUGAAAAGUUAUCUGCUAGUCCUCUGCUAUUAGCUAUCUCCUAUCGAACGAGUUGGGCAAAAAUCUUGAUAUUUACCUGAAUAAUGAUCAAGACCCAUGAUCAAGACAUAAUUCCAUGGUGACUCAUGUGACAUUCUGAACAAAACUAGUAGAGUAAUUUUGAUCACAUUUUUGCAUGCAGGCACAAAUAUUAAUGGUAAGCUACUGAUUCACAGUAAAAAUUAAACAUUUGAUCAUAACAUGAUGAUAUUGGUGGCUGUAAAUUGGUGUUUGACUUGUGUUACGACGAAGUGACAUCAGGUAACACCAACCUAACUACUUUUGAAUUUAUUCAGGAACCGUAGAAAGGAGAAACAUACAAAUAUGUCUAUCUAGUAACAGAUUAUAUGUUAGGUAAACUACUAACACAGAGAAAUUUUAUAUUUUGGAUUACAAUUAUAGUAUUAAAGUAUUGCUACAUAACACAUGUGACUCAUGUUACGUGACUGAUGUUACAUAUAAAGUACAUCUUAACCUGACUGUAAAGUUUGGAAAUUGCAUGCAGAGAUUUCAAUAAUUUAAUAGUAAAUAUAUAUAAAGCAUUACAAUUGCACGGCUGAUAUCUCCGAUGCGCAAUACAAACUUUCCACACUGGCAUCUUAAUUGUUUCUAAUAGCUUCUGAAACAUGAACACUAAAACCUGGGACAACCAGGGUUCGAGAUUGGAAUUUUUUACUAGUAUCCAUUAUGGAUACCAGCAUUUCAAACUUGAUAUCCAAAUUCAAAAAUCGGUAUCCAAAUAUAAGAAUAAGGUAGAAUCAUGAUAUCGAAUGUUGAAAACUUGGAAACAUAUGCACACACAAGCCAUUAGGUAUUCUCUACUUUUAGUUCACUACAGAGUACAGAGAACAUUGAUAAAGUAUUAAAGUUACAAAAUACAAUAGAUAUGCAUUAUUUCUAAAUAUAUCCCUAACCUUGACCAUAUAUAUAUGAACAUAUUAUUAUAAAUUUCCUGUUCUUCACCAAACUAUUUUGCUGUAAUAACUAGCGGGUGUUUCAGGCUCUUGGUAACUAGCUAACGGAAGAUAGAUAGAACUUUUAUUUAUACACGCUGACCCCGUCAACCGAAGCUGAUUUCCACGAGGGGCGUGUGCCAAAAAAUUGAAUAAGAUUUUUACAUGUACAGGAAAGUGAUAGUUAGAGCUAUUUACAAAAGUUUUAAGAGAUAUAGAAUAACAUAUUAAUGAGUAUUAAAAUAGUAACAUAUUAAUGUCUAAUGAGAAAGUUGUCAGAUUAUUUACAGGCACAUUAUUUACAAUACUUAUUCAUAAAUGUGAGCAGUGAUUUUAUUUUGAAAGGAAGAAAGUGAUUUGCUUUCCCUAAUUUCUUUUGGAAUAGAAUUCCAAAGUUUAGCUCCAUUGUACAUGAAACUAUUUUUCAUGUUAUUAGAACGAGGUUUUGGUAAACAAAGUUUGAAGCAAAGUUUGAAAUUUGAAGCAAAGUAAAAUAUAUAUUAAUUAGAGUUUGCUGCUCAAGCCUCAAAGUUUAUGAGUGUUUCAAACAUUAUCUGUAAAAUUAUGUAUAUAUUUGUGAUUCCUUUCAUAAAGUUUAUAAGAAAUGUUCAACAAUUGAUAUUUAGGCAAGAAUUUCCUGGUAUCCAGUUAGGAUAUCAAGGUUUUAACAUCUGGUAUCCAAAAUUCAAAACUGGUAUCAUCAAGGAUACUAGGAUACAGCCAAUCUCGAACCCUGGGGACAACCCAUGUAUAUCAUCUUACAUUACAUUUGAAUCAACAACAAAUUAUAUGAAAUAUAAUAUAAAGCUGUACUCUACGAAAGUAAAAUAUACACAUAACCUAACAGCGAUAAUAUGCUUAAAAAUAACUGAUAUAACUAAACUGAUGUGAUGCAUGUACCUUGCAAGUUGUGUAACUAUAAGGUACCAUACAUGCCAUAUGACCUCAAAUUUAAGCAAAAAAUGUCAUCACUACCAUGGAUUCGAAUUACCCAUAAUCUGUCUGACAGAUUAUAUUAAUGCAUAGGCAGCACAAAAAUGUGUGACUGUUGAAAUGUUUACCCUCGUGCAUGGCACUCGGGCAUGCAUGCGAGUCUACUCAGUUUAUUAUUAUGACAAGAUGCUUGUGUGAUGUUACUCUGAGUGUAUAUAUCCACACCAGGCAGGGUUGAAAAAUAUGCCUGGCCAUAGUGGGAAUCGAACCUACGACCUUUGGAAUACCAGCCCAAUGCUCUGCCAACUGAGCUACGCGGUCAGGUCAGUUCGAGUAAUUGCAAUACUUCGGAACUCAGUCUAGUUCCUUUGAUAUCAGUGUAGUCUAAUAAUCAUGAUAUUUGCUGUGUUGGUGUAAUGUACUCAUGUGAAUGAGAUGCUUGUGUGAUGUUAGUGUAUAUCCACACUGGGCAGGCUUGAAAAAUAUGCCUGGCCACAGUGGGAAUCGAACCUACGACCUUUGGAAUACCAGCCCAAUGCUCAAUUUUCAAGCCUGCCCGGUGUGGAUAUACACUCAGCAACAUCACUCAGUAACAUCACACAAGCAUGUUAUUCACCUGAGUACAUUACACCAAUACAGCAAAUAUAAUGAUUAUUAGAUUACACUGAUAUCGAAGGAACUAGACUGAGUUUCCGAAGUAUCGCAUACUCAAACCGACCUGACCGCGUAGUUCAGUUGGCAGAGCAUUGGGCUGGUAUUCCAAAGGUCAUAGGUUCGAUUCCCACCGUGGCCAGGCAUAUUUUUCAAGCCUGCCCGGUGUGGAUAUACACUCAGAGUAACAUCACAUAAGCAUCUUAUUCACCUGAGUACAUUACACCAACACAGCAAAUAUUAUGACAAGGUUGGCAAGACUUUUAACGGAAAUUUAUUACAAUGUUUUAGAGGUGUGCAUCGGAUCGGAUUGGACGUUUAUAAUCCGACAAUUGCCUAAUGCUUAAAAUUCGAUCCAACCCGAUCCGAAAUUGUCUAAUCCGAAUCCGAUCCGAGUUUUGAUAAAGGAUUCCAAUCCGAUCCGAAGAAUUCUUUAAUAAAAUAAAUUUCUCAUUCCACUGAGUUGAAAUAUUUAACCAAAUAAAUAUAAAAGCAAGAAAUACAUGUCAAGAAACUGACAAAGUGACGUCCAAUUGAAGUAUCAAACGAAUAAUGCAGCGACAACCGCGAUAAUGCUUUGAUAAAUGCAUGGAUAAUUAAUUCUUGCGAUAAUGCAUGGAUAAUUAAUUCAUUUUAUUUCGGAUAUCGAAGUCCGAUCCGACUACGAAACAACUGUAUCAAUCCGAUCCGAAAUGAAUAUUUUGGUUCCGAAAUCCAAACGAAUUGGAUUCGGAUUGGAUUUGCACACCUCUACAAUGUUUACUAGAGUAUGAAUAUUUCGUAAAAUUCUAAGGAUGUUAAAAUUUAAGCGAAUUUAACGGCAGAGUAUCCGAGUUUGGAGGUACCGUUGGUGGCCAAGGCUAGUCGGCGAUCUAGCCUUGUCUGGCAAAUGACCGCAAUGGCAAACAUUAGGCAAAACACUGGCAAACAUUUAUGGCAAACUGGCAAAUGGCAAAACUGGCAAACAGCUAUGGCAAAACAGCAAAAAACGUAAUAAUAAGGCUAAUUAUAGUAGCAAUAGGAGUUUGCCAUGACAAUUCUGCCAAGGCAGACCUCUGGCACCUGUCACACUGAUGAUCAGUGGAAAAAAGGACGCAUUCUAUAGUAGUCUAUAGAUUGUAUCCUAUAAAGAAAAACAAAUAAAAAAACCCCCAAAACAACCAAAACAAAACAACAAAAAACAAAACUAAAACAAAAAUAAAGAAAUUAACCCGAGUAUCAACAAACAUUAACCAGGGUGGGGAAAGGGCGAAGGGGAACAGAGCGAAAGAGCAGUUGUAGCUGGCUAGCCAAGCUGUAGCAAAGUGACGGAUGCGCGAUAAUUACAACUGUUCUAAGUGACGUCAGGAGCUCCCCGCUGCUAGAUACAUCUGCCGUUAACUUCGCUUAAAUCUACGUUUCACCACAUUUAACGGCAGAGUAUCCGAGUUUGGAGGUGGUGCCGUUGGUGGCCAAGGCUAGUCGGCUAUCUAGCCUUGUCGGGCAAAUGACCGCAAUGGCAAACAUUAGGCAAAACACUGGCAAACAUUUGUGGCAAAUGGCAAAACUGGCAAACAGCAAUGGCAAACAGCUAUGGCAAAACAGCAAAAAAACGUAAUAAUAAGGCUAAUUAUAGUAGCAAUAUGAGUUUGCCAUGACAAUUCUGCCAAGGCAGACCUCCAGAAACGGUCAGUCCCGUCAAGUACAUAACCACCCUUAUGCACUUGAAGAGGUAGUGCCUUGACAGAUUGCCAUGGACACUUGACUCCAUGGACUGACCGCAACGUAUCACCAGCACCUACCAUGGGGGAAGGGGAUUAAGCGAAGGUUGGGCUAAGAACAAACCAACACAAGUCAGACUAGCAUAAUAUUUAUAUUCAUUUUAACAUAACACCCUAGUUACACUAGCUAAUAAAUUACGCGGCGUUCGUAUGUAUGCCAGGUAAGCUGAACUGCUCCAUCGUCCUAAGGUCUGGAUCAUAUGCUCGGGGACGCCUGCCAGGCCUGCUGUAGUAGCCGCGCCAAUCCGGAAACUCUGACUGUCAAAAUGACCAGUUAUACCAGCCUGGCUCAGCAGUCGACGCUCUGUAAAAACUGUACGUGUCAAGGGGGCGCCAUUGGAACGGACGAACAGAGGGCCGUCGGCACCUCCACGGAUCUCCAAGUAGCUGAGUAGCGAUUCGACCGGACACAUUGUGACCCUGACCCAUAGUCAGAGUGCAGCCUUGCCGAAAGGGAUCGGUUUUAGAUACUUUGAUAAUCACUUGAAGACAAGACGGAUCGACUCUUCGGUCAAAGGCAACAUCAUGAUGGGAUAAGUGAAGCGAUGGAGAAUAGGAAGUGCCAUGAGGUACAGUAAACUCGGAUGAUCGCAAGAAACCAAAAUAUGCCAGACAACAAGAGGCCCAGAACAAAACGUCAUCGUAGACCGCGAAGUUCAAGCAGCGAUAGAUCGCGUUAAGAAUGUCCGGUGUAAUUGGAAAACGCUUAUCUUGAGAGCCACCUUUGCAACGUUUGAUGCCCUUUACCACACGCUGUAAACGCAGACAGCCAACUAAGGGAUCAGGAUAACCAUGUUCGAUAUGGAGUGCUCGGACGGCUGACAGGUAAACUUUUAUGGACGCAGGUUUCAAGUUAUUCGCCAACCACGUAGCGAAAAGGCAAAGGGUCCAUUCACCCUACGGGAGAGGCGACCCAUUCGAGUUCAAGCGAUUUUCGGAUUCACAAAAUUGCAGAAAUGACCAUUGGGCAGAAGCGUGGGUUUUAUGGGUUGACGACGCUAAACCGUGACGAAGAAAACUAUGGCAUUGGGUUUCUAGGUCCGUGGCGAGGAUUGCUGGAAGAGGCGUUGGUAGCGAUGAGCAAUUGGGGGCUAGCUGACGAAACACCUGCCAAUUGAAACGAGAGAGUGCAUCAGCGAUGGGAUUAGCUAUGCCUGGGAUAUGACGCGCCGCAAACGUAAAAUUAUAACGGGCCGCCACCCCUAGCAGAGAAUGCAGCAAGGCCAUUAUGUGAGUGUCACGGGAAGUGCGCGAGUUCAAAAUAUGGACUACAGAAGUAUUAUCUAACUGAAAGCACACGCGUCGAUUGGCCCAUUGGAUACCCCACAAGUGAGCAGCGAUUACAACAGGAAAAAAUUCCCUGUAUGCGAUAGACAGCGGCAUUUGUGCUGGUGACCACACAUGACUGAACCACUGUUGAUGGUAUACGGCGCCAUAUCCAAUGGAACCCGCGGCAUCCGAUGUAAUCACCAGAUCGGCUAAUGGCAGGAGUCCAGGUAAUAGGAAAAAGUUUGUACCAUUCCACUCCUCAAUGAACUGGACCCACCACUGCAAAUCUAAUCGAAACUCCACGUUAAGACGGAUGGGGUGGAGCGGGUGGCGAAAAACGCAAAGAAGAUUAAUCAUUCGGCGCAAAAAGGUACGACCAGGCCAAACCACAUGGCAUGCAUGGUGCAGUUUCCCCAGCAGUGACUCUAGCUGCGUACGUGUGCACCAUCGUGUCUGUUGCCAUUCUUUCAGGAGCUGCUUGAGAGCUUCUAACUUAACCUUGGGUAGACGCGCAAUUUGGAGAAUGGAAUCUAAUUCGAUUCCCAAGACAAUUAAACAGGUCGUGGGACCGUCCGUUUUAUCGGGAUGUAAAGGGACGCCCAAACGGUUACAAACGGAGGAGGUAGUGCAUAAGGUCGGCGAUGGCGUAGUUAUUAUGCAAAAUCCAUUCUAUCGCAUCCGCAAUGGAAUUGAAAAUGAAUGGCGCUGAACGUAAAUCGAACGGAAGAGCAAGAUCUACGUAUAACUUUCCCCGCCACUUCAUGCCAAGCAGAUGACGUUGAGACGGCAGUACAGCGACGUUACGAUAUGCGCUUUGGACGUCAAACUUAGCCAUGAGUGCACCCGACCUAAUUUGGUGACCAUGGCAACGACUUCGUCGAAUUUUAUAUACUGCAGAGAGAAUUGUUCGGGGUCAAUACCAUCAUUAACACUACGCCCAUGUGGCGACGACAAAUCCAAAAUCAAACGCCACUUUCCUGGUUGACCAGCCUUGGGGAUCACGCCAAAACUGCUAACGUGCAAAUUAGGUAGCGGGCUGCUAAGGAAAGGACCGGCUACCCGUCCCAAAGCGACUUCGUUCUGCAGGUACGCGUCCACGAUCUCAGGAUGGGCAGUUGCUGAAGCUUUAUUUUUUCGUGCAGAGGUUACAGGGAACUGGGGGAAAAAACCAAUAUCAAAGCCGUGGGCAAUCCCACUGAGAACAUAAUCCACUUUGGAACGAUCCUGAUGGGACUGGAGUUCGCAGGCAAAUUCAUGCAAAUUAAGAGGAGAAACCACAGAAACGGGAGGGAGAGUGCCUAGAAAUCAAUAGAGGCGCGUAUUAAGGAUGUAUCAGAUGAGUAACUAUGUACGGCUAGGCUAUCGCUAACGGUGUAAAGGCUACACUACCACAGGCAUUAGAAUAGAGUUAGCCAGAGCAAAGGGGGUCUACUAGUAUACUAGCGCAAUGCUAGCCGAAUACCACUGUGCGAAAGACCGAUUGGGUUACAAUCCGCCAAUAGCCAUAUAAUACUAAUAAUUUAUUCAUUGUAAAGCGCUAAAAACUAUUAUAUUCUAAAUAUGCUUGAGCUAGAGCACGAGCACGAAAUAAAUAGGUCCCUGUGUAACGCAACGCGACAGGCUUAAGAACCAGUAGAAUGUGACAUCCCGAAAAUACCCAUUCUAAGCGGCUAAGGUUAGGGUUAAAUACUGUCAAGCAUUGCGAUACCCGAUAUUUAUGCAGUACGGUCGCCGCUGAACACGCAAUUGGCCGGCUCGUAAGGAGGUGACGAAUUAGGGCUACAUUUCCACGCCACGCAGUCGCGAAAUAUAUGCGGUUUAAUAGGAUGUCAGGGUUAGGGAUUGGGUAAAAUUAAUGACUAAUCUAUUUCGCGACUGCGCGACAUGAAAAGACAACCCGAAUAGCACUUCCACCAACCUGUAGGCUAAAAAAUAAUACACGACGGUAAAAACGAGGAGUACGUAAGUUAACGCGUCACUAGCCAGGCACCUAGCUCAUAAUGCCCAGCUCCUAAGCGAACUUCCGAAGCACAGCAAAGCAAGGCCAAAGCAACUUAGCAUGGCAAGGCAAAUGGACGCUAGUGUACUGAGCAGUAAGAAGACUCCAGCUGUGAGCUUUGUGACAAAUAACACCGCCAGCGCCAUUAAAUGUAAGUGGUAAACUUAACGGAACCCUUGUGCCAAACACAUUUAUUGUAAAACCAGACCCUAAAUAUAUAAAAAACGUCAUCAUUAUAAAAACCUAGUAACUGAGAUUCACAACCAAAUAAGCAUGUUAACAAAUCCAAGUUAUAGAAAUUAAAACAGUACAUGAUACCCAUAACACACCGCCAGAGCGCUUGAUGAGUACUAGAGUAUUCUAGAAACGACGGCUUUUAGGUGGGAUCGGGUAACUAGGGGCUUUACCAGAAGUUGGACAGUUUAUGCCUCGGUGAUCCGCCGAACAGUUCGAACAUGCAUGGCGAAAGCGACACAAUGCAGUGGGGGCUACACACCGUCCUCGAUUCCACGAUGCACAGACUACAAACGCAGCUGAAUUGCCUUGCUCUUCGGUCACACGAUCGACCCGCGGUUGCGGAAUCGAAUGAGAAGAUUUCGCAGCAGAACCAGCGGUAUAAAAAUUGAACAACUGGACGUUCAGUUCCGACCAGUCCGUAAGGUUUAGAGCGGCUGCGUGUUGUCUAAAGGCCUUGUCGUACGUUAACCAUGCAGUACUCUGGAACUGGCGAUACGUGCGUAAAAUCAACAACUUGUAGGUCGUUAAGUCGCGCCAACGGUGAGGGGUUGAAGUACAAACUAUCAAGGUAUAUAUAGAAAACACCUCCACCCACGAAACAAUAUCAACAAUCUCUUUCCGCGGUUUUUUUAUCAUGCCUGUUAAAACUAGGCGACCAUCUAAAAGCAGAUGGGGCUCGUUGGACUCGUCGACGGCGUAGGAAUUCUCCGGGAGAAGAUCAGCCAGAUUUAUAUACUCCCCUGCAGUAAUAGCACCGACAGUUUUUGCAGGUAUUGGGGCAUAACCUGGGCCAACAAUAAAUGACGAGAAACCACUCGAUUGUGGUAACGAGAUCCCACUACUAGCGUUAGGGUUGCAAUAAUACGGCACACUACCCGUGGCUAGCGCAAGGGAGGGAGAACUGGAACUGUUACCCGACCAAACCAAUGAAGUAGAUGGCGUGGCAAACGUAUUAAUAAAAGAAGGAACGAGCCUACCUCUGGCGUCAGAUAAAUGAGCAUUAACACCACUAACCAUACCAUCAGCUGGAUGAACGGUUUCGUAAUUUGCGGUCUGCGAUUCCAAAUUGUUUGGGGGAGCAUUCUCAGCGAGGUUAUUUGCUGGACGAGACGAGGACUGCCCAGCGUUGUUUGCGACUGCUGCGGUUGACGAGACAGACAAACGAGCAUCAGUGGCGGACUGAACAAGGCCUUCCAAGCUACCUUGAAGCGCUUGAACCACUGGUAAAGAACCCGCAUUGCUCGUUUGCAUCGCUGACACGUGCGAACUGGUUACUGGCGAACUCGUACUCGACGGCGGACGAGCGGAGCUAGUGCUAGCAAUAUCGUUGCUCGUUGACGUUUCCAUACUAUUUCUAGUCAGCCGAGGCAUGUUGAGUAAAGUAACAAGUAAUAAUAACACGCAAUAGCAAAGAUUUAUAACAGAGCGAAAGAGCAGUUGUAGCUGGCUAGCCAAGCUGUAGCAAAGUGACGGAUGCGCGAUAAUUGCAACUGUUCUAAGUGACGUCAGGGGCUCCCCGCUGCUAGAUACAUCUGCCGUUAACUUCGCUUAAAUCUACGUUUAACCACAUUAUUUUCGGGGUUUUCGCAAAAUUUUGUCAAAACUAUGCUGGGGUCACGUACCCUGUGAUGUUGUCAUAUUUUUUAAAUCUUGAAGAAGUGCUGAUUGGCUGUUGCACUGGAAUGAUGUACAACAGCCAAUCAGCGCUUCUUCAAGAUUUAAAAAAUAUGACAACAUCACAGGGUACGUGACCCCAGCAUAGUUUUGACAAAAUUUUGCAAAACCCCCGAAAAUAAUUCGCUUUUUACAUCCUUAGAAUGAAUGUAGUAAAAUUACCAGUGUUUGAAAUGAUGUAUAUUUUAUAUUGUUUGUAAUUUGCGAAAUAUUCACACUCUAGUAAACGUUGUAAUAAAUUUGUGUUAGAAGUCUUGCCGACCUUGUCAUAAUAAUAAACUGAGUAGACUCGAUGCAUGCCUGAGCGCCAUGCACGAGGGUAAAAAUUUCAACACACAUUUUUGGGCUGCAUAUGAUUAAUGUUGACUUUUAUAGCCUCUCCGGGCCGUCCCCUUGACAAGUAAAUUCAUCCGGAGUUAGACAGAGUAAAAUAAUAAAGUAGGGCGCAAUGCAACUCAAUGGGUUAAUUUAACUAGAUACAUGAGCAGAUAGGCCAGUUAACCCAUUAAAAUUAAGCACUAGCGCCCUCCCCUUGACGAGUGAAAUCGUCUGGCUGAGUAAAAAUCUAAAAUAAUAAAAUAGGGUGCAUCAGGGUGCAAUGAGACUCAAUGGGUUAACUCAAUUUUUCCCUCAAAUUUUGCACUGUUGGCAAGGCCAACUGAUGGUAAGUUUUUUAUGAUGGUAAGUUUUUUCUAAUAGGGAAAUUUCAAUCAAGGUCAUUCAAAUUUUUGUUAGCCAUCCCCCCCAAUUUGUUUUCUAUGAAGCCACAUUUCAGUGUGUCAGUAAAUCAGAAGAUCACGUACAAAUAAUCAUUUAGAAAAAUGAUAUGAUAUUUAACAAAUAUAAAACAUUUUCCAUGUUGAUCAACACAAGUGGAAAUUGGGCAUAGUGUUUCCACACAAUUUCUCGUUCUCCCAAUUUUCACAAGUGUUGAUAUAAUUGUAUAUCAAUACGGAAAAAUGUCUUAUAUUUUUUUAUAGUAUAGCUCAAAGAAAUAUAAAGAAAGAAUUUUUUCGUGUUGACAUUGAGUUAUGCUCUUAGCCAAUCAGUGUUCAGAAUUGACAAAUGCUAUUUAAAGGGUAUUGGCAAUUAUUACUUUAUCUGAAAGAGCAUGAAAAAAUAAGCCGAUUGGCCAUUUAAUGCUCUAUUCUAUCUCAUCUAGCUGGUUCCGAAGUUAUACACAAAAAUGUGUAAAAUAUAAAUUGCUGAUUGAGCACAACGUGUGACGUCAUUAGUUGGGUAAGUGUGUUUGUUGAAUAGUAAACUGAAGCAUAGCUAAGUUAUUAUUGGCUCAAAUCAAAUGAAAUUUUGCACACAGAUAGAACACAUGAUGAAACGCAUGGGAAAAUACUUCUAAUUAAGGCAACACAGUCGUUCCCAGGCCCCUUACACUGAUUUUGAAUAACUAGUUGCAUUUAUCUAAUGUGUAUGUCAUUUUCGAAUUAUUAUCAUGCAAGUAAACUUUUGGCAUGCAUAGGUAUUAGGUAUGGUACACAUACUUCUGAUAUUAUUUUAUCCUUAUCAGUACCAUGAAUAAAGCUGUUUUAUAAAAUUGGCGCAAGGGGCCUGGGAGCGACAUUGUUAUCUUGGCAACAAAAUUAGAAGUGUUUUUCAAUGCGUCUCAUCAUGUACAAUCAGAAUGCAAAUUUCAUUUCAUUUGGGCCCAUAAUAACUGAGCUAUGCUUCAGUUUAGUAUUCAUUAAACAUACUUACCCAACUAAUGACGUCACACGUUGUGCUGAAUCAGCAACUUAUAUUUUGCACAUUUUUGUGUAUAACUUCGGAACUAGAUGAGAUAGAAUAGAGCAUUAAACGGCCAAUCGGCUUAUUUUUUUCAUGCUCUUUCAGAUAAAGCAAUAAAAAUUUUUAUUGCCAAUACCCUCUAAUUAAAAAAGACAUUACAAAUUGUGUAAUACUAUUUAACAAUUAGUCGCCGAAGGCGAGGUGAUUACAAGCCUAUAUUCACUGAGCCGAAGGCGAAGUGAAUAUAGGCUUGUAAUCACCGAGCCUGAGGCGACUAAUUGUUUUAGUAUAAAUUUCCAGGUGUUUACAAACAAUAAUCCACACAACUUUAUAAAAAUUCACUUCAAAUAAAUUUAUUUUCGCUAUAAAUAGUUUGUUUACAAAAUUUAAAUCUCAGACACGGCUUUGUGUCGCGUUGCGACUAAGCCAUUUUUUUCCAAAUAAAAGCACGUAAAGUUUAAUAGUUUACCUUGAAAUAUUUUUAAACCAUAUUUUGUAGCUUGUUUGGGUUUUUUCGGAAUGCUAUCUUCUUUAAUUUUGGCAAUUUCCUCCUCUGUUACUACGGCAAAACGAGCAGCCAUUUUGAAAAAAAAACUAUAGUCACUGACCAGUGACUAUCACUUCAGAGACAGUGAAUCUUGACCAAUCAGAAUGCAGAAAAAUCAAUAGUCACCUGGAAAUUUAUACUAAACACAAAUAAUUACUUUAUGUGUCUGUGCGCUUAUUUUGAAACUAAUUUUAUCUGUGAGAGUGUUAAAACUACUAUUAGAAAAUCUAGAUUGGCAAACCAUUUUCUCGAUGUAGAAAAUGUUUCUUUCCAAUGUUCUGUUCAUUUUCUUAGAGAUCUAUGGAAUAAGCUUAUAAAUGGGAGUUGACUUGCAGUUGAGUGCAACUGCUUAUAGUGUUCGAAGAGUGCCUAUCAUGCUGGUAUCAUUUAGCAUCAACUGAAGGUUUUUUGCAGAAUGGCCAAAAAAGUUUGUUGCAGUAACUCACAGUGAAUGGUUGUCUCGGGUUUCUAGCACAUAAAUUCCAUGUCUGCCCUUAAUUGCAUUAUAUUCCAAGUCCUUUUGGAACCAUAAUUUCUUCUCAUAUAUAUGACAAAAUUUGCACUUCUGUCCUGCUUGGCAGUAAAUAUCAUAUGGACGAGAUUGCUAGAAGGUAAUAUCUCAUCCCAGUUGACAGACUGGACCUCAUUGAGAUCACGUCUGUACCUACCUACUGUAAUGUUGCCGAAACUUUAAGACAUCUUGCUGAUGAUUCAAAAAAUAGGAAGGUGAUCUGUUAUUCUCAAUAUAUUAAUCCAGCAAUAAACCAGUUUUUGGCUUACCUUUCCACCUGUGAAAACACUGUUAGUUGAUUUGAUAAAAAUGCAAUAUGCAUAAUGUUAUAAUGCUAUCUAUUAACGAGUGAACCCCGUGUUGCCAUCGUACAGUACUAACAGUAGCCUCUCUGUAAACAUCACUUAUCCUUUUUCAGUUUUCUCAAUGGAUUCAUUCAUUGUCCUGUUUGGUUUGUCUUUCAUCUUUCUACAAAUAGGAUAUGGAAAGUCUGAAAUUAGUGUGGUAAGUAUAGAAUUAACUUACUAUUGAAUAAAACAAGUCAUACAUAGUACUAUACAGCUAAGAUUAAUAGUGAUAUCACAAACAAUUAGAUAGUAAUGUCACAGACUGACUGGCUGAAGUAAUAAUUCAUUUAAGCAAUAUAGAGAUGCAUUUGUCAGAUGCUAUGGAGAUAAGUAGACAGUGUAUAGCUGACCUAAUUUGCUUAAUUCUGUUACUGUUUAUAUAUAGUCACCACCAUAUUGAUGAAAAAUGAGGUUAUUGCUUAAAAGCAAGGUUAAUUAACGGCAGAUGCAUUAUGCAUGCAUGUUGACUUCCAUUUGGGGGAAGCCCAUGAUGUCGUAUAACUGUUCGUGGCGCCCUGAUCAGAUCAAUUGUCUGUUUUUGCCUUGCCUUGUUGCAGCAAGUUGCGCUUGUUACCCCUUCGCUGUUUCCCCACCCAAUUUUUGUUUUAUUUAAACAUUGUUAGUUCAACAAGUACAAUGUAUAGACCACUAUAGAUUGUAUAUUUGCCACUGACUCGUCAGUGUGACAGGUGCCAGAGGGAUGCCUUGGCAGAAUUGUCAUGGCGAAAGUUUCUUUUGCUGUAAUUUUACUGGUUGUGCUAUAAUUGUUGCCAGCAAGACGUUGCAGCCUUCGACCACAAGUGGCACCUACCUCGAAACACUAAUACUAUGCCGUUAAAUGUCCGAUAUAAAUACAACUUGUAUAUUGUAUCAUGAUAAUAGUAUACAAGUGCACAGAUAAACAAAAGUAUGAUCUUAAUAUCAGUAGACCUCCUCAAUUUUGUGUGCAAAUUGCCCAUCGCAAUGUUUAUUACACCUUUGAGAGAUGGUUUCUUUUCAGUGUAAUGGUAUUCAGGUACAAAAACAAUUAGCAAUAUACAAUGGAAAAUUAACAAUACAACAAAAACAUUACAUGUAGAGGUCUAUUUAACCCCCCCAAAAUUACGUUUUUGCAAAAUGGUGACCGCUUUAAAUCGGCGCCUUUUGCUCUUACUUUAUUUAAGACGGUAGGAGAAGACGUCUCAAGUACGCAUAACGUUUUUGGGUUCACCCGAUAUUCUGUAAAUUAUAUUAUUCGAAUAUAGAUUAUAUAUUUUCAACGAAUUCCAUUGGCUACUGGUCUUCUUUGUUUGCGCGAUCAGAAAAUAUUGUUCAAAUUAUUUAACUUUGCUGCGAGUGUUUGCAGCUUGCUGUGAGUUAAUACUCGCUAGUACUUGCUGCGAGCUGUGAGCUGUUUUUGCGAAGAGUGGAAAAGAGCCUUGCUGUUUGUUAUCAGGGUUCGUACAAACUUUUGAAAGUCCUUGAAUUUGAAAACAAAAAUCCAAGGCCUUGAAUAUCCUUGAAUUUGUAAAGAGGUACUUGAAAGUCCUUAAAUUCCUCUUGCUUUAGUAUUGGAUAUUUUCUGAAAUUGUUUGACAUUCAAAACGGAGAUUUUGUUGAAUUGAUUUUGCAUGUUCAUGUGUGACAAAGCUAUUUGAAAUUCAUUAAAGUUGCGCCCUGUUUGAACAAUUCAACGUCACAUGUUACUGAAUCCUAAGAUUUCUAACGCCUUCUCUUCAGUAUUUUGUCCUUGAAUUUGCUGAUACAUGGUCUUGAAUGUCCUUAAAAAAUCUGUGAAUUUGACUCUUCCUGACAUGUACGAACCCUGUUUUAUUUUUGAGGUUAUUAUUAGCAGCACUAUUAUUGUUACCCUUUGUAUUAAGGAUUAUGUAAAAUAAAAUGAACUGUGUUUUCUUGUAGCAAUGGCAUAACUACACAUUUGGUCCCUGUGAUGAUGAAGAAGGACAAUUUGGGUAUUCCUAUUUGGGAACAUUUAAGGUGAGAUUAUUGCAGUUCUAUCAUUCAGUAACAAACAAACUUUCCAAAAAUUGUACUGGAUAUGAAAAACAUUCAGUUUUAUUAGUUUUCAACUGAACUGUAAGCAAUAUUGUACUGUAUAUAUAACCUGCUGAUCUUCAACAAUCAUAAGUCGCAAAAGAGCUUGGUGUCUACUGCACAGGGGUGGAAAAAAUAUUUUACUUUCGCUAGUUACGCCACUGAUGAAUGGUCUGAUCCUAAGGUGAAUAAAGAUGCUAAAAAAAGGCACUACUAGGGGACACUACCAGAGGGAUACAUGGUCCCCAGAAAAUUUUGAAGAUUAGGUGCUCCAGAUUGACUAAAAAUGCAUUUGCCAUACAAAAUUUGUUACAUUAUUCUAUAGUCUAUACAAUUACACACUAUUGUACUAUUAAGAUGGAUGCACUCAUAAUUGCAUUCCUGAGGUCAUACCCUACAGUAUAGGUAACAUUCUUUACAUUAGUUAGAAUUUUUCCUCUGAAUUUCUCCUUUUAUCUAUUAAAAUUUUUUUGGGCAAAUAUUUUCUUUAUAAAUGUUCCAUUUACUGUACUUUUUCAUCUCAGUACGAAAAUCUGAACUUCCCAAUUGAAGUUAGUGUUUAUGUUAUCAUUGUUUCCACAGGGAAUGAUUUAUGUUGCAAAUCCAAGUGAAGCUUGCAGACCAGUAGACCCACCUUUCCCAAAAAGUGGACAAAAUUAUUUUCUAUUAGUUGAUGAUGGGGGAUGUAGUUAUUAUGACAAGGUAUUUGUUAUUUGUUGCUGUAAACACAUUGUUUAUCAUUGAUAGUUGUUGGAUAACUGACUGUUGAAUAUUAUAUAUCUGUGUUAAAGUGGGAUUUAAGUGUAAGCUGCUACAUGUAACAAUUGUAGCAAAAUUUUAUACCGUAAUAUACUAUUGACUUACUUAGGGCCUGUUUUAUAUGUUAUCCAAGUUACGCAGGGCAGGACCAACGUUUACACCCCACAUAUAGCUGGGAAACUUAUUUAGGAAGGAUAGUGUAUGAAUGGACAAAAACACUGCCAGUAGAAUGAUAUAUUGUGCCAUGUUUUCGCUGAAAAUAAUAUAGGCGAGGUUAUAGGUAUGCUUAGAAGGCAUGUUCACCCCACCUGGCCGGGAUAGAGUAGCAUACGGGGGAAACCCUAGUUUCGAAACGUGUUUAUGUUUUAUUUGGGGUCUACACCGACUAAGACAGAGUGAUCCCAGCAACAUGCAUGUCAGAUUUUAUCCAGGCAGAAUCUGAGAACAGUGGUGGGAAUAUAUAAGCAUGAGGUAGAACUUUUAUAUUACGAGGGCCUGGGAUCAUUGUUAUACACUUUGUGAUCGGCUGAGAGUAGACCUAGACGGCCAUAAUCGUCAUUUUGCUCAGAACAUGGAAAAUGGUCAGUGGUCGACUAUUAUAUAGCACCCUGUUAGUUAAUAUUUUAUCAGGUUAUCUUUCCUUUCUUCCAUUUUAGUUAAAAAAUGCACAGAAUGCUGGAUAUAGUGUUGCAAUUGUCAGAAGUUUGACUUCCAAUAGCUUGAUAACUAUGAAAGGUUCGUUAUCACUUUGAAUUUUGUGUAAAAAGAUCAAUCAAGACAUACCAAACUAUAUGAUUGCCUCCAUUAUAUGCAUUCGGCAAUUGAACACGAAUUUACCGCAGGCGCAAUAAAGAGAUGGUUUAUUAAUUGUCGGUAAAUAUACUACCAACAUUUCUGCAGGUGAUGACGAGUGCCAUUAAUAUUAGGUGUAACAGAUUCCAGAAGUAGAACAGUACGAGUGAAAUUUGCUUAAGGCACAGUUCAGCAUUUUGGAUGAUGGGUUUUAAGGCGCGUUACAACCCUUUUAAUUGAAAAACUAACUAGGAAAAUCAAUUAAGCAUAAUUCAAGAUCAGUGAUCUCAAUGUUUUUAACAUUUUUAAUGUUAAAAACAUUGAGUUCACUGAUUUUGAAUUAUGCUUAAUUGAUUUUCCUAGUUAGUUUUUUAAAUUAAAAGGGUUGUAAUGCGCCUUAAAAACCAUCAAUCAAAAGGCUGAACUGUGUUUAAAUUGCACGAGUCGCUUGUUUAUUAUUUGCAUGACAAAAUUACAAAUUUUACUCACCCAUGCCUUUCAGCCUUUUAAAACGCACUGCACUAUUCUUUUACUUGAAAACAUUAUUUUUGGAUUGGAAUUUUAUUCAAUUAAUAAAGCUCCUGAAAUUGAAAAGAAGCAUAAUAGGAAAUUACACGGUUCUCGAAGUAUUAAUGAAAAAUCGCGGUCGCAUUUGGCGAAAUACUUGACAACAGAAGUGGAAGUGCAACACUUUUCUUUUUGACUCAUGUGACGAAUAGAUUUUGCUGUUGUAUGUUGAGUUAUACAUACACAGUAUGACGUCAUAACGUGAUAAGAACAAACAAUUGGCAACGAGCCACCCGGACAAGUCUCUGAUAUUCUUACCGCGUUACGGUCGGACACCUUCAAUUUGAGAUAUGGUAUAAUUUCAAUUUAUUUUUCAUUGAAUUCUAGGUUCUCGAAUUGAUAUACUUGGUUUGUACGUAGGAAAGGUAUGCGUGUAGUUUAUAUAACUGAGCUUUAAUUAAGCAAUUAGUCACUGAUCUUUUAAGAAUCUUGUUUAUAUCUGUGGAAAAGUCGCGAGAGAUUUGAGAAUCACAGAGCCGGUAGUUUUUAAAUAUCGAUAUAAACACUCAAUCUGGACUUGAGUUUUGAAACUUAAUCGUUCCAUUAAAAGUUGAAACUUGCAGUAAAAAUGAAGUUGGUUAAAUUUGUGACGUGGAAAAAUUUUCCCGUUGGAAACCCAACAAGUAUACAAGGUCAGAAAAGACGAAUAUACCGCUUGCAAUUCUUUUUCAGAGCCCAGCUGUUUAGGUAUAAGCUAAAAAUCCUAAAAAACCUCUGCGAAAAUAUUUAAGUUUAAGUGUUUAACGACAUAGAUGCCUGUAAUGACCAGACCAUUAUCACUGAUUUUUGUCCAUUCCCAACCUAAGUUUAGUUCAAAUUAGUACUAUUCUUUAAUUGUGAUGUAUUGUAUAUAUGCAUUAAAUAUUUUUAGAAUACUGGUGAAGUUUUACAAAAAUACAACGUUUCAACAAAGUAUGUUCGUUCUUCAGUUUUGAUUUACUAUUUAGAUUUUUAAGUGUAAAUGACGUAAUCUGUUUAUAAGGCGGUUUAAAGACUAAUACUUUAGGGACCUUAAUUUAAACAAGUAGGAGGCAAUGCGACAACGACGACUAUUAAUACAAUGAAAUAUUGAAUGUGUCGAUGGAGUUUUAGACGCCAUACUGCCAUCACGGGUAACCAUUUGAGCAAUGAGAAGUGGUACUCCAAAUUGGAAGAACCCUUGUCAACCUUUAAAUAUAGCCUCUUACUUUUAACGUAUACUAGUACGUUUCGAUUCUGUAUGGUUGAAUUGAAAAACGGCCUUUACGUGGCAAGUUUCUUACCUCAUGAAUUUUUGAAUUGCUUUAUUUCGCCGAACGGAAUUUGUCAUCAUAUAGAAUCGUUUGUUAGAAUAAUUUGUAAAAUGAUAUAUGCACUGUAUGCAAAUCAGUCGUUAUUGAUUGCAGAGAGAUAUUGAAACUCACACUACUUGUGACCGUGACGACAAAACCAAAAACUAAAAUCAGAGCAAACCUCUUCCUGAAUUUUUAUUAAUAGUGAUAUUUAUCUUCUCUUUAAAGUGCUGUGGCCAGCAUUCAUGUGGACCUCAAGUUCAAUUUUGAGAUCUACCUCAUUCCGUUGUUAAUUAUUAUUGGGAUAUGUUUCAUGUUAAUGCUUCUCUUUCUGGUAAGUACGCCUCGCUUCUUUUUCUGCGUGACUGCAAUGUUUCUUAAUAAUCUUUCAUAGCACUUUUCGGAAGAUCGUGUCGAUCAUGCAUGCAGAAAACACAAGCUGUAUACUCUAUAUCCAUGCGGUGCCUGUAAGUACAGUAUCUGAGUCUAUGCGCCAAUUUGCCACGCGUUUAAAAGAACAUCAAAAGGCUGUUUUAUCUUUAAACAAGGGGAAAUCAACUUUAGCAGAACAUGUAUGUGAAACCAAUUAGUAUGCGAUUAAAACGGACCAAAGACGUUGCCUAUAGGAGCGUGGUAUAAGAACAUGAAUCAUGACGGUAGUUAUUUAUCUCCACCGUGUUGGGAGGUGAUGUAUAUAAGAAGCCACGUUGGGGCAUCAGGUCACCCCUGAUGAAGACACCGGCUAGAAUGUCGAAACGUUGGGUCGUGAUUCGUGAAUGCAAUGCGACUGGGCUCUGCAUUUAUUUAAUUAUUGCUACUCAAGUUUCACGCCUUAUUCAAGACGAUCUUCGGGCAAUUAAUUCAGUUAGUGUUUUAUUCGUCAACAUCAACGGUCGGUCGCUGACGCGGAGGUUUGUCUUUCGUCAUCGGUUUGAAUUUGCACGCGCGGUACUUAUAAUGUAGAAUAAUGAAAAAAAUUUCUCAAACUCAAAUUUUGUGAACCAGGGGGGUGUGUCUUUUCCAACAAACUAAAAAUGGCUCGCGCACAAAAUUUAAAAGUUGUAAUCAUAUUUUGAGUUAAUAGAUGGAAACUUUGUUGGGUUUUUAAUUACUUUAACAACUUUUAAAUUUUGUGCGCGAGCCAUUUUUAGUUUGUUGAAAAGACCCCUGGUUCACAAAAUUUGAGUUCAAAAAUUUUUUUUCAUUAUCUACAUUAUAAGUACCCAAAGAAGCUAUGUAUAUAAAAAACCGGAUACAAAUAGGUGUUUUGCGAAAUUGAGAGCAAUUUCAAAUCUUUUCAGUUUUUUUUAUACACUCUGUAUACCGUACCCAAAAGUUUCUCAAUAAGAUAUUCAAUUUGUUGCAACUGAUGUUUAUAACUUCCUGACGAAGAGCCUUCGCUCGAAACGGCGAAGUUCUUCUCCUUGUAUUUUUCAGGUAGUUGUAUCCCUAUCAAUCUGAAGCUUUCUCGUUUAUAUUUUUUGUCAUCAUGUUAUUAGGAUUUUCUAAUUCUCUUUACACACAGGACCGGAUGAAUUCGGAACCGUACUCCUAUUUUCACGAGUUCGUCUGAAACUGCACGUGAACUAACCCAGGCCUGGCUAACCGUGCGAAUUUGCGUGUGAACAAAAGGAAUGAAUUUGCAUACACUUCCGAAUUCGUUCGGUGUCGUGUGUCGUAUAGUCUCAAUAUAACAUCAGUUCACAUGAGCAAAUCCCAAGGAAAUGCAUACAAAUCACUUGAUUGGAUUUUUUGCAUGAGAAUUGUAACAUUGUGUUGAAUACUGUUCUAUAGGGUGUUAAGUAUUGGAGAGCGAGAUUACAUGAACGUCGAAGUCGUUUAACUCCUGCUAAUUUAAAGAAGAUACCAACUAGGAAAUUUAAAGAAGGUAAUGUCAACCUUGAUCGAAAUUUAGACACUAAAUAUUUUACAGGCCUUAAAAUAUCUGUCGGUCACGGACAUUGUCCGACACAUUCGUGAAAUUGUCCGAUGUAGUGAGGAAACUACCGGACAUUCUGUCCGACCUAAGUGAAACUGAGGUUUAUUGUUUGUCCGACCCGAGUGAAGUGGUGUCUGGUGGAACUUUGUCCAACGUUUGUUUGUUAAAUGGAGAAUCGGAGUAAUGUAUAAAAAGUGAACUGGAAAUAUGUAAUCAAGUGCGGAUUUUCACCGUGGCGUUUGGAAAUUCAUUGCCAAGAUUCAGAAGACUUUUACAAAUUGUGCUGAUAUUAAUUUGUGUCUGCAUUCAUACUUAUUUCCAAGCCAAACUGAACUCAAAGUCAUCGGACAUCACAAUAUAUGUCCGACCCAAACUUAAAGUCAUCGAACGUUUUGUCAGACGGUUCUCUGACCGAUAUUUUCAGACCUGGGUAUUUUGUGUACUUUUGUCAAACAGUUCUUGCGAGUUACAUGUGCAUAGCCAUACCAAUUCUCAUAAAACUGACGAUUCCGGCGCAAAGGUUGGUUUGGUGAAGAUUGGAAUUUUGAAGUUUAGUAAUAUUUUUUCUAGUAAAGAAAUGCGUGUUUUUAGACAAAUAACUAAAUGAUGAGCCAACUAAUCGGCAAUGCCGAUCGAUUAUUUCGAAAUUUUAUGAAAACUGACGUUUUCAUGUUUUUGUUGAUCCUCUUCACUCAGUGAAUGCAUGCAUGCGUGGCUGUUUUUAUUGCAAGGCGGCGAAGGCACAGCCAGCGUUAAAGGUACACACACUUGGCGCGUUUUUGCAAUACAACAAUUGUUCAAAAAGCAAAUAAAACUGUCUAUGAAUAAAAAUUCAGAAGCUAUGCAGACCGUAUAUAUGCAUAUAUUGCUCCAGCGCUCCAAUUAUUAUAUCAAAAGUAAUUAUGUUUCUUUCGGUUUCUAUAAACUGAAAAAUUUCGCUUCGUUGCUGUAUCACGUUCACAUUUCAAAAUUAUUGUGUGACGUUCUUUGAUAAGCAGAUACUGUAGUGUAGGUUGCGUUUGUACAAACAGAGACUGACAAAAACAUGAUUCUAUGGAACCGUGGUGUUUUUACUUUCUAUUUGACUUUCUAUGUCUUUUAAAUUUUGUUGAUGUUAGGCGAUGAUUACGAUCUGUGUGCGAUAUGUUUGGAAGAUUACAAACUGGGAGAAAAGUUGCGCGUGCUUCCAUGUCAUCAUGGUAAGUUCUUAUUGUCCUUCAUGUUUUCUUCACGUCCUUUCAUAUCUCUUGUUUGAAGGUGACCACGAGAUAUUCGAAAUGUAGAGACGACGUUGCACUGAUUCAAAAUGUGCUCGAGCGUUGUUCUUUUCACUGACUUUGAAUAUUCCAGUUUCCUCGUGCAAGUGAUGCUAAAAGUUCCAAAUUUUCUAUUUGCCACCCAAAACGAAUUUCGUCCAGGGCUCGAAAUAGGAAAACGGCCUGACAUGUUUCUGGCAGACCAAAUUAAUUACUGCCUGCUGUUACUGUUAAUUUUCAUUUCUAUUUUGUUGAUCUAUUUCUACAUAAUGUAGCAUGACUAUUAAUUUAUCAGAACAAGUAUCGGAAGUUUUCUAUUGUAUACAUUACUCAAGCUUAAUUUUGUUUUGAAAUUAACAAACUUUGCAGGUCAAAUUUGAAUUUGCAUCUCAAAAUUAUUUUUGCCUGUGAGGUUGAAAUAUGAUCUGCUUUUGCCAUUGGGCCACUUUCCUUAUAGCGAUGCCCGCUGUGCAUGGCGGUAGGAGUCGUCACUUUGCAAUCGAACGACAUCGCGACUGUGGGAGCGAGCGACUUUGUUUUGAAGAUGAAACGGGCAUGGUGUAUUCGGGAAUUAGUAAAAGUAAACUUAUUCAGAUCGAGCAGGCUUUAAAAUAUGGCCAAAGAGACGCUUGGUCUUUGGAUGAAACCUUCGAAUAUCAAAUUCACAAGCUUAAAAUGGCAUUUAGAAAUUUAUCGAAUCCAAAUAACUUAGAGAUUCAGUACAAACAACCGUCAGUGAAAGUUAAUUUUGACAAAAAAAUUUACGAUCUUAAUUUAAAACGCGAAUUGACUUGUUUUUGUUCGUGAGGUCACUAUUUUGCAAAAAAACAUUUUGCGAAACUUUAUUCACAUGUCACCUCCUUGGCUCCUUGCCAAUGCAUUUUCUUCGCCAUUAUUAAAUACAGUGAAUACACGCAACGCCAUGAAAUUACAUGUACAAGUAGUUAAGAGCUCUCUUGUUAUUUUCCUGGGGAUAAAAGUUAUCGAUGGAUGCAAAAAGUUGUAAUCCGCCAUUUCAUCUUCAAAACAAAAUCGCUCCCUCUACAGUCGCCAUGUCGUUCGAUUGCAAAGUGGCAACUCCUACCGUCAUGCGUAGCGGGCAUCGCUAUAAGGCAAAUGGCCCAGUGAUCCAUCUGCGCCGCUCUUCCGGUUUUCAAGUUUUUGGUUGCAAGUCUAAAAACAUAAUUUUUUGUAUAGCUUAUCACAGCAAGUGUGUAGACCCUUGGUUAACGAAUGGCAAAAAAACGUGCCCGGUGUGCAAGCAACCAGUGGAGAAACACGAGUCAAAGGAUGGUCCUCCAACAAGUGCCCAUGUUGAUGCUAAUGAAACAACACCAUUGCUGAGUGAAAAUCCACCAUCAACUAGUCAUCAAGCCACGGAUAUUAUCUCAACCGCUGAACUUGUGUGAUUUUUAUGUGUAUAGAUGUAGCAUUCUGAGGGACUUUUCAAAAAUUUUCUUACCUAUUGAUGUAUAAAUAAACAGUAGAUAGGGAUAAUAAUUAGUUUUAAUUCGCGUUGAGUUUGUAUGAUUUGUAGAGUCCCUUGACCUGGCCGUUGAGGUUGAUGAACAAGAAAUGCAGUAAUAAUAGUCUAAUAAUAAGACAUAUAUAUAAGAUCGAUUCCUCGCAUAUUAGAAUGAGUUCGAUUGUUCGAAGCUUUAUAUCUUACUUUUAGUUUAUUGUUAAAUACGUAGAAUGUAAUUUAUGAAAAGGGUAACCGUUUCGCAUCAGCUGAUAUGAAUGUGAGCGAAGAGACUGGAACUAGCAACAAAUAUAAAGACCUUCAAAAAUGUAAAAAUUUUCUGGGGGAGGACCCCAGACCCCUCUUUUCUUCCGAAACUUA